AAGAAUCAAAUACUUUGAAUGCUUUCCCAUUUUCACUCUUCCCCCUCUGUUCUCUCUCUGUGUCUGAAAAUGUGGGCUAGUCUGAUUCAAAAUCUAAGAAUCCUUCUUCGAUUCGUACUGUUUCUAGCCCUAGCACUGGCAUCAAGGUCGCCGCCGGUUACCGCUCACUACUCGUCAUCAAGCCGUUCUCCUUCAUCGUCCUCAUCAACCGCCACGCUCUCUGAGUGGAGAUCCGCGCACGCCACCUACUACGCCGCGGCGGAUCCGCGGGACGUGGUGGGCGGAGCCUGCGGCUACGGCGACCUGGAGAAGAGCGGCUACGGCAAGGCCACGGCGGGGCUGAGCACCUCGCUCUUCGAGCGCGGCCAGAUCUGCGGCGCCUGCUUCGAGGUCAGGUGCGUGGAGGACAUCCGGUGGUGUAUUCCUGGCACGUCGAUCAUCGUCACCGCCACGAACUUCUGCGCACCUAACUUCGGCUUUCCGGCCGAUGGCGGCGGUCACUGUAACCCUCCCAACAGCCACUUCGUUCUGCCUAUUGAAGCUUUCGAGAAGAUCGCGAUUUGGAAAGCUGGUAACAUGCCUAUUCAGUAUCGCAGGAUCAAAUGCAUAAAGGAAGGAGGGGUUCGAUUUACCGUUAGUGGUUCGGGGAUAUUCAUGUCAGUGCUGAUCAGCAAUGCGGCCGGUGCCGGGGACAUAGUGGCGGUGAAGGUUAAAGGUUCAAGAACAGGAUGGCUUCCCAUGGGCAGAAACUGGGGCCAGAACUGGCACAUAAAUGCUGAUUUGAGGAAUCAGCCUCUUUCUUUCGAGGUCACCAGCAGUGAUAGGGUCACAGUUACAUCCUACAAUGUCGCUCCCAAGAAUUGGAAUUAUGGUCAAACUUUCGAAGGCAAACAAUUCGAAUCGUAAAUGUAACAAGAUACUAAAAUCCAAGUUAUUAGAAGAACCAUCCUAUUCAUUUGCCCUCUUAGGUUGGAAGAGGGUUUAUCAGUGGGGUUUCUGGUUGUGUGUUUGAUGCAGAGAGAGAGAGAGAGAGAGAGAGAGAGAGAGGUGUUGCUAGAAGUAAGAGCACAAAUGAUUUAGGGGAGCAAAUGGAAUUUUGUUUGUGAAGUGAAAUCGUAGUAGAUAUGGAUUUGCAGUGUAAAAAAUGUAAACUGAAAUUUGAAUUUUGCCAACUUCUAAAUUUA